AGGAGGGAGCAGAGGAGGGAAAGAAAACCUGCCUCUUUGUAUAGGAAAGACUCAGCAGGAAAGUGAUUUUGUGAUUAUUUGAGUUUGCCAGCAAAGUAAGGCUCUCUCCCUGUGACCUACAGCAGCAUCUUGUCUACUCUGCACCUCUGCUGCCUUACACCAGAGCUACAUAUGAGUGUGCUUCUCAGGCUGGCAAAACAGCGACACCCGGGCUUCUCCUGAUGAUGAGAGCCGACGUCAGACCGGUUUCCAUGAAUAUUGAUGUGGAGGAUAGUCUGUUUCAUAGAAGAACAGAAGGAGGCAAGAUGGCUGCCCUUUAGGAUUUGUUAAAGAGGAGAUCCAGACGGUUUGUUGGAAUUUCUACAAAGUGGAGGGACGUAAAAAGGAGAUCAGUGAGAGAGUAGACUCCACAUGUUGCUAAGGUUGCCACAGAACAGCAAAGAGAUCUAAGCACUGGGAGGAAAAUGCUACUAUGAUCUGGACGGACAGAGGGCAGCCCUGUGGAUGGACUCUGAGCAGGCCAGAUGGAAACAGAACAGGCCAGACAUGAGACGGAAGAAAGUCUGAUAUUAGCACAAUUUGGCACAUCUCGCAACAUCUCUCACAAACUCCAGAAUGGCGGCCAGUCUUCAGAGGGAGAUUCUCUGCAGAUCACUGGGGAUACGAACUGGAACCAUUACAAGCCUAGCAUAGGUGCCAACUCCAUGAAGAGGCACAGGGAGAACUGCAACAGCCCCGCUUCAGUACAAGGGCUGUUCGAUCAAGGAUCCUACAUGAUGAAUGGAGAACUGAUGAAUGGGGAGUUGAAGCAUGCACUCACUGAGCAGUCCUUACUGGCCCACCAGCCCAAGAAGCUUAAAGUAGAUUCUGAGAUGAAAGGCAAUGACGUCAUGGGUUCCAGUUUGGUGGAUACCUUUCCAGAAUUGACAAAGGCAACAGAGUUUGAAUGCAAUCCCCAACAAACAGAGAUUAAAUUAGACAAGAGGAACUGUAAUUUUCCUAAUGGAGAUAUUUUCUGUCUACCGAGGAAUAAACAGGUCUCGAUUCCAAAUGGUGCUGUAACGCCCCCCUCAACCAUAGAAAGCACUCCAGGCGAUCUUUUAGAGAAAACCUUGUCUCAGUAUUAUCCUGAGCAAGUGUCAAUCGCACCACAAACAUCUGUGCCACAGCUAGAUGCUGUCAAUGGUGCACAUGCAAACAAGCUGUCCAGUGAAGGUGCUCAACCCCGCUCUUUAACCUCAGGAUUGCCCAAUUCAGCUCAGAUGCCUGACUCACAGCAACAGCAGCCUGGGGCAUCGGGCAACGCUGAAGGAGGCAACAAUUAUAACUCUGUCAACUAUGUAGUGAAUGGAUACUCCAACAACUUUGAAGCAGACCACCAGCAGCAACAACAACAACAACAACAACAACAGCAGCAUCAGCAGCGACCACCAUCUUACUCUGGUCAGGAGCUGUCUUUGGGUCAGCUGCCAGGCAUGAUCCCAACUACAAAAACUGCCAAUAGCUCACAACAACAUCAAAACGGCCCACGGUGCUAUCCAGAUGAUGCAAAUCCUCAAGGUCUUUUUGCAAAGGCCAACCAAGAGUUUAACCAGAACUCUUUUCUGGAGCGUAACGCUCCUCUACAGAACACAGAGACAGGUGGAUAUGGAGCCUUUCCCAAUUCUGGGAUGCAGAAGAUGGGGCAAAGUGAAGAACCCAGGUCUGGGCAACACCAGAGCCAUGGCACUGACAGGGGCCACCAGUACGGAAUGCAACCCCAGAACUUUAAGCAAAACGCUGGUAACCCACAUGGAGCUGACAGUACAGGACCCAUGGGAAGCGGUCUACAACAGGCACGACAUGCUGGGUUAGAAAAUGGGAUGGAGAACCCACCUCAGCAGAGAGCCAACUUAUCGUGUUCGACUCCCCACCAGAGAGGCUGGGCAGAGAUGAACUCUUCACAUUCCCAGCAGCAAACAGCAAGUGGCCCGUCUUCCCAGGCACAGGAGCAGGACAUGUGGCGGGGUUUCCCUGCUAAGCCUCAGUCAGAGCAGCAGACAGCUAACCCCCAGGUUCACUGCCAGAUGUUGGAGCCAAAUUCAGCACAGAGAUUCCAGACACAGACAGGUUUCACAGAUAGCAGCCAGGGGCCGAACAGCUUCCAGCAGCAACAGCAGGACCAUCUCCCGCCACAAACACACUGUGCUCCAGCUCAGAACAACACUGCCCCUGAGUGGCAGCAGUCAAAUUCAAAAGCACCCCAGAUGCAGCAGCCUCUUCCCCAGAAAAUGCCUGAGCAGCGUAAUUUCCACCAAGAUCAGCAGGCAGACAGCCGCUACCAUGCCCAGAUGCAGUCAGAGCACUUAUGUGAAGACCCUGACCUGCAGGAUAUACUGUCACCUGGGUUUUUACCAACACAGCAGCAACAACAGCACUGUCAUCUUCAACGUCCCCUGUCCCACCCACCACAAUUUGAAGGGCAGCAACUCAAGUCUCCCGAUUACAGACCUCGCAGUCAGCCUCAGCCAAGUCAGCAGCAGCUUCAAUCCAACCAGCCUCUUAGAAACAAUUCAGCUCAACCCAACAACCAACACAUCCAGCACAGCGACCAUGCAACAUUUAGUUACAACAACACAACAGAGAUGCAACAGCUUCAACAUCCAAGGCAGUUUGCACCAAACUCAGGCAGCAGUAACCUCAAGCAAUUUCAACCACAGCGGCCUAACAACCACUGCCACCAGCCCAACCAUGCAGACUUCUCCCAGACCUCUCCACAGCCACAACCUCACUUACCACAAGGUGCGUUAAGCCAACAGGUAUCAACACAGAUGUAUCCUAAAGCUGAACAGCAAUUGAAGAUGUCAUGCACUCAGUUUCAACGGGGACCUCGACUACCUCUGGCACCUGUGGGUCCUCAAGGAGACUUUCAGAGGCAUGCAGCCCUGCGUAUGCACCUGUUACAAAGGCAGGAGCGCCAGGUCCCUCCCCAUCUCCUUCAGAGCACUAUCGACCCCAAACAUGGCUUGAGAACUGUGAAAAUGGAAAACGGACCCAGGUUUGAGCUGCCACAGCAGCAAGAGCAGCAGUUACAGAUGCGAGAGGGAGGCAUUGGCGGCCAAGUCCAAGUCAAGCAGGAGAAUCAACCAUCCAUGUGCGAGCAAAGCAAGAGGCCGGGAAGUAUCCUGGCCUCCAUGGAACAAACCCUGAGGCAGUACCAGCUUUCGCCCAUGUUUGAGAAGAAAUCGCUUGUCGUCAAUUCAAAUAAAGUCAAGGUGGAAUCUUCUGGGCCAGUCACAAUCCUGUCAACCAACACUGAUCUGGGUGGAGUGGAAUCAGCAGCAGCUGGCCCUGCAACUGCAGCCCAUAAAAACCCACCUGACUGCACCCCUAAGAAGGAACACCUCCUGCAAAGCUUUAUGGACUCUCCUAUGAAGCUUUUGGAUACCCCUAUAAAGAACCUACUGGACACCCCCAUGAAAACACAGUAUGACAUUGCAUCCUGCCACUGUGUUGAACAAAUCAGUGAGAAGGAUGAGGGUCCAUACUACACUCACUUGGGGUCAGCGCCGAGUGUUCCUGAUAUACGAGAGAGGAUGGAGCAAAGAUCUGGUCUAACUGGUCGUGCCAUCAGGAUUGAAAAAGUAAUAUACACCGGUAAGGAAGGAAAAAGUACACAAGGGUGCCCCAUAGCCAAAUGGGUGAUUCGUCGGGAAAGUGUAGACGAAAAACUACUGGUGCUGGUGCGGGAACGUACGGGUCACAAAUGUGAGACAGCCUGCAUCAUUGUAGUAAUCCUGGUGUGGGAGGGUGUCCUGCCCAGCGUGGCCGACCGCCUCUACCUCGAGCUAAGUGAAACUCUAAACAAGCACGGAGCCCUCACCCAGAGACGAUGCGCCAUCAAUGAGGAGAGGACCUGUGCAUGUCAAGGGUUAAAUCCUGACAACUGUGGAGCAUCUUUCUCCUUUGGCUGCUCCUGGAGCAUGUACUACAACGGCUGCAAGUUCGCCCGGAGCAAAAUCCCAAGAAAAUUCAAGCUACUAGGGGAUGACAUGAAAGAGGAAGAGAGACUGGAGAGCAACUUUCAAAAUCUAGCAACCUUAUUGGGUCCUUUGUAUAAAAGGUUGGCACCUGAAGCGUAUUCAAAUCAGGUGGAACAUGAACACAGGGCGCCAGAUUGUCGCCUGGGCCUUAAGGAGGGACGUCCCUUUUCUGGAGUCACUGCUUGUCUGGACUUCUGCGCCCACGCCCACAGAGAUCUCCACAACAUGCAGGGCGGAAGCACUGUGGUGUGUACUUUAACAAGCCAGGAUAACCGAGAGAUUGGAAAGAUACCAGAGGAUGAGCAGCUCCAUGUACUGCCUCUUUAUAAGGCUUCCAGCACUGAUGAAUUUGGCAGUGAGGAGGGUCAGCAGGAGAAAAUCAAGUCAGGCGCCAUCCAAGUCCUCAGUGCCUUCCGCCGCCAGGUGCGCAUGCUUGCAGAGCCUGCCAAGUCUUGCCGGCAGAAAAAGCUGGAUGCUAAGAAGGCAGCUGCCAGCAAGAAUGCCAUGCUCGACAAUGAAAAGGCAGAGAAGGCCCUCCUGGCCAAGUCAAAAGCUGGCACUUAUGACAAUACUGUUCAGAGCACUCCUAUGGCAGGACCUAUUCCAGGUGCUGUUGGAGCAAUCCUACAGUCAGGUCAGCCGACACACCCCCUCGGGGUCCACGAUCAGCAACUACAGCAACAUCAGCACCAGAGCAUUCUUCCCCCUUAUCCUGGCUCGACAAAUGUAGCCGGCUACCCCAGGUUCCCCAACCACCAUGGGUCUUUUCCAAGCACUUCCAAGCCAGGCAGCAUGUAUCCACCUCAGCCUCCAACACCAGCCAGCCCUUACCCGUCUUCGCUCCACGUACCAAACUCGUAUAUUAACGGAUCAAAUCGUCCAUACCCGGGUUAUCAAUGUAACGGAGGAAUGCCCCUUGACAAUUACCCUCCUUACUAUGCUUCAAACCCAAAGCACCUGGACAUGUAUCGACAGCAGCGUCCAGCGCUUUACUCAGAGCAGCAGUACGGUGUACAUCAACGUUAUGGAGUCAAUUAUCCACCAAGGUAUGGUGAGCCAGGUUUACAGGUCAAUGGUUACAAUGCCUGCAGCAUGAGGCCAGUUUCCCCUAUGAGACCUUACUCUCCUUACGGUCCUAAUGGGGCCUCAGCCCCCCAGUUUAUGGACCCUCUCUCAAGAGCACCCUCAGCUCAUGGAGGUCUAGACUAUUCAGCUGCUGUGAGCAAAGGCAAUCAGUUUGGAGGAUACCCAAAUCCAUACCUCUCUCGGAGCCCUCAGAUCUUAGCCCCGGGCCAAGAUCCUUUCCAUAUGCAAAUCAAGACAGAGAUGGGCAUGCCCCGCCCUCAGAUGCUCUCUGCUCAGUUAGGCAGUGGGUGCUUAAACCCUGAAACACAGUCAGGGUUAGGUCUGCCUAACGGGAGCCUCAUGGGCCCUGGUAUUAAGCAGGAGCCUGGAACACCACAGACACCCACAACCCCACAAAAGCCGGAGGUGUGGUCAGACAAUGAGCACAACUUCUUGGACCCUGACAUUGGUGGCGUGGCGGUUGCACCGAGCCACGGAUCAGUGCUUAUUGAGUGUGCAAAACGGGAGCUCCACGCCACAACGCCCAUCAAAAACCCAGACCGCAACCACCCAACACGUAUCUCCUUGGUCUUCUACCAGCACAAAAACAUGAACGAGGCCAAGCAUGGUUUGGCGCUGUGGGAAGCCAAGAUGGCAGAGAAGGCUCGAGAGAAGGAAGAAGACGCAGAGAGGAAUGGUGGUGAGGGGACACCGAGCAAGGGCAAGAAGGGGGCGAAGCGUGAGCAUCCGGAGUCAUCAGAGACCACCGGGGAGCCUCCUUACAAGCGUUUCAUCCAGGCACUUAUGGAGGGCUCCUUGUCGGGCACAACAAACACCUUUGUCAGUACAGCUCCAUACGCCUUCACCAAGGUAACUGGGCCUUACAGUCAGUUUGUGUAAGAAACACUCAUGAAGAAGAAAAGUUCUGGUGCUUUAUUUAUAACAAAGACCACAAGCACCACUGGCCUCGUCUCAACACUCCUUCCUAAAUGUAAGUGUAGAAAAAGGAACCUGUGAUCAGAUGAGAGAUGAAUCAACUUUCACAUCAGGUCUUUCACCUCUUAAAAAAAAAAAAUCAAGCUUUACUUGUCGACCCUACUAAGGAUGUAUUUAUUUUUGUUUGACAACUUUUGCAAGAUACACACUGUCAAGAUCUCUGGUGCUUUCAGUCUGACACAUAAGAACCUAUUUUUAAUGGAAACAAAGUUUCAUUUUUGGUGGCUUUAUUUUUCUUACAAAAUUGUACUCUUGGCAUAAAACACUGACUUUGUAAAUGACAACAUUCACGGUGCUAAAGGUUAUGCUUAAAACCAUUCAUUUAAAUUCAAAUGCCUUCACACUAUGACCGUAACUCACUCUACGAGUGACUCCGACUUUCAUCAAGAGGACACUGCGAAUAUCAUCCACCUGUCAAACGAUCAGCAUCAUAGUGUUUUUGGCAAGUCAGUGUUUCUUUGAGCACUUUUUGAUAAUGAGAGUUAAAUGUUUUGGUAAUACCUUUAAAUCAUAAAAAUCUGGUUUUCACUCCAUAAUUAAUUUCUAAGCAUCACUGAAAUUAAAUUUUAAGAAUUGUACGAGCAAUUUUGCAAAACUGUUUCGAGUUCAUGCAAAAAGAUUAUUUUAAACUGUCAUUGUGUUGGUGCUUCUUUCACUUUCUUAUGUCAUUUGUACUGUAGAUUGAGCCAUUCUUAUGGUGCAUUUUUAACAUUUCGAGGAUGAAAAAAAAAUCUACCUUUAUGCCCUUUUCAGUUUUCUCCAGGUUUCCAUUGCUGUCAGCAACUGUUUUUAAUGUUCCUUCCCUUAGGUGCAUUGAACAAACCUGGACUGUGAAUAUUACAUGUAGUUGUUUGUCUGUGGUGCUUAGGAAAUGUGCUUUUUAUACACUGAGGAACAUGAAACAGGGUAAGCUCAGUGUCAGUUUCAGAGGGCAGCUGGCUUGCUGUGGGGUCUUUAAUUAUUGUAAUCUAACUGUAAGAUAAACAGGUGAGAUUUGUACAGUAAAUUAAUUUCCCUUUUUGGAAUAACUGUUAUAGAUUUUGUGUUGUAAAGAAUGCUAACAGCCUAUUUCAUUGUAUUUCUUUGGGUUUCAACUGAUUUUAUAUUGCAAGGUGCUAUCCAACCUUCUAGAAACAUACAAUGUGAGACUCUUUGGGCAGCGAGAAGGCUUUUAAAUAAUGUACAGUACAAAACCUGUCAUAUACCUCAAAACUAGUUUGGCAAUAGGAUUAUAACGUAUUUUUCUUUCUUCCUUUGUAUAUUACUUUCAAAAUGUUAAUAACUGUUCGACUUCAGGCCACCAAAAGGCAUACGAGUUCACUUCUUACUUUCUUAUCAAUCUGCUAGAAAGUAUAACUUGAACUUGAAUCUUUGAUGUUACUGUAAAUUCAGGGACAUUUUCAACUAAUUCUGUGUUUAUCGCCUGUAUUCAUCUGGUCUUUUUUUUGCCAUUGCAUCCUGAAUCUGAUUCUUGUCUACUUCACAAAGAGAAAAAUUAUUUUGUGAGGAAAAAGAUACUUUCCUGCAGUUUUUUUUACUUUAUAUUUUUAGCUAGUGGGAUGGUGGUAAUCUUUUAAAAGUAAUUUGAACAUAUAUGCACUGAGUUGACUAAAGGGAAAGUAUGAUAUUGACGAAGUAAAAAGUAAUGUAUUUGCUUUUGCUACGAGGCGAGACCAGGGCAGUGAUUAACGUAGUUGCACAUUUUUGUGCCUGUGUAUAGUUAAAUUUAUUUAUAACCACUAAGCAAUUGUAUAAUGAUUUUUCUUCCCUGUCUAUUUGAUUUAAUUAAUGCGAUAUAUAGUGGAAUGACUGUCAUGUUAUAGUAACAACUUACCCCACUCUUCAACAUAUUCAUUUUCUGAACGCACUUCAUUUCUUUUUCAGGAAAAAAAUGUAAUAAAGAAUUACAAACAUUUUAUUUAAACAGAUUGUAAAUGUGUUAAAAAAUAAAUAAAUUAUGUCACAUUGUACAUACCAAGAACCUCCCUUUGAUGUUGACGUAGGUUCUUUUUGUUAUGUCAAAUUGGCCCACUGCUCCUCUAUCAGCAAUCCUCAUCAUAUCUUUCAAGAAUUCUUUCGGCUUUUUCAGGUUAACAACCAAACGAUCGUGGUUAGAUUAUCCAGGAAGUCUGUAAAUGUGCGCUCACUGUCACGGCAAUGUUUACAGCUAAUAGUAUCCUGUUUAGCUCAGACAUUAGAAAUUCUAGUUUUUUUAACUGUUCCAAUUUUGUAAAAUAAAUCUACAUAAAAGAAAAAUGUUGAAUUUUGUUGUACAGGACCCAGCUACAGUAGCAGGUUGCGGUUGAGAAAGCCAAGGUGUCUAAGAUAUAGCGGGUUAAAAGCAUAGCCAUACUUGAAGAUGCUUCAGAGUGUUUCUGAGUGAGUCAACAUUACUUGAAUGACUUUCUGGGCUUAACUCGUGCUCUAUAUGUGCUCAGCUCAAGGGUUAAGCUAGCAGUUGAUACACACUUGGUCUUUUUGCAGUUAGACACUAAGGGUAUAAAACAAAAUGUGCAACCUUUUUGCCUGUCAUUUUAUUUUUAAGGCUUCCCUUGUUCUCCUGAAGUUUGGUAUGCUACAAAAAAUGGAAUUAAUGAUGGGUAUUAAUACUGUAAGUAUUGUAAUGUAAUGAAUGCAGUUUAUUUGAAAGCUGUUUAUUAUAUCAUUCCUGAUAUUGCUGAGAUGUGGGUGUUUUUUUAAUAAAAU